UGGUUGGAUUGUGAACAACACAUUGCCAUAUCAUGCGUGCGACUUCACGUUGUUCAAGAGAAAUCUUCACGUUUGGGGAAAUUGAGCCAGGCUUUAUAGGGAGUGCCAGGGCAGAUCGUGAGCACUGGCAUCAAAGAAGUGAACCAUUAAAGGGUCAGCGACUACCACAGAAACCGACGCUUUGAGAGAAUGAAUCAGGGGGCAUGACAAAACCAGUCAGAAAUGGAUUCGAUCGCCUUAAGAUGAGAGAGAUAAUUGACUCAAGGCUACUUACUGUCCUCAGCGAGCUGAAUCAUUCCACUCAUGUGCAUCAGUAAUAAUGCCUCUAAACAAGAACCUGUUGAUCACGAAUGUGGCGAAAAUGGCCACGUGCCCCUGACCCGUGCCGACAAACUGGAGAGGAUGGCCGAGCAUCUUCACAGCAGCACGCUGUCUGCGUCUGGGGCCAACCAGCCCAUCCCUUUCCUCACGCUGGAACAGAAGGCUGCCUUCGUCUUCGUCCUCCUCCUCUUCAUCUUUCUGGGGCUGCUGAUCGUGCGCUGCUUCCGAAUCCUUCUGGAUCCGUACAGCAGCAUGCCGAGUUCCACGUGGACAGACUAUAUGGAAAAAGACACGUUCGACUACCGCAUUGCCUGAGCUGCUAGCCAGAUUUCGGGCUGGGAGACAUGCGAUGAUUACCUCACACGCGCACACACACACACCGACACACACAACCACCACCACACCUCCUCCACCUCAGAGCCGACUGUAUCCCUCAAGUGUUGUUGUUUCGUGAUGGUGGUUUUGUGUACUUGUGGGUCUGGAUUUUUCCAUUUGAAAACUGCACUUAAAACCCACUUUCAUGUCUCAUGUGUUCUGACAGGGUUUUUCAACUCAUAGCUUCCACUACUGAUGUCACGUUCGGCAUGGCUGAAAAGUCUUAGCGAUGAAUCUUUUAUGUUCGAAACCAGCCAAAUAGCUUUAUUACAGACAAACAAUAUGGUUAAUUAUUUUCUAUGUCCAAAGAAUGACAAAUUAACAAUUCCGAAAUUGGAAAAUAAAAAAGUAGGGUAAUCCAUUUCUCAAUGAUUCAUUCCACACUUAUCAUAAAAGCACAGUGCAUUGGUUCCAGGAUGAUUACAUUCUCUGAGCUCUUCGGUUUGGGACUCUUGAGCUUUGCGCCUUAUAAAUCCGUGUGUUUACAGAACAGCCAGAGAAACUGGCCCUGCUGUUAUUCAGCUAAAUGUCAAUCAAUGUACUGACCUACCAGCCUCUGUGGGCAAAUUGAAUGUUUGAUUUGCCAGGUCCUUUCCCUGCCUCUCUCUACAGUGUUCUUAAUAGGAUGAGUCGGAUUUCCUCUCUGUUGUUCUUCAGUAUUUGCUGAUGUUGAAAUGGACUGUUCUAUCAAACGUUUGCCGUUCUGCCCGGGCUAUCAGCGCAGUGUUUCUUUCCUUCUCAAAGUCUGGUUCACCUGUGAUUUGCUUGACUUACAUGUUCAAUAGAAAUGAAGCUGAAAUAAACAGGUGCGAUAUGUGUCUUGCGUGCAGAGGAGGUCAAUAUUGCCAUUUAGGUGCAACUUAGCUAUUGCUUUCGAGUCAGUAUUGCGGCGGUGUUAUUUCUUAAUGACAACGACCUGCUGUUCUCACAACGCACAUUGUGUCUUAGCUGAGUGGUGUGUACAGUAUAUUUGAGCCUUUAAAAUGCAGAGAGAUGCUGGUGACUUUAUGAGAAAAUGUGCCAUGUAGUUUACAAGUGGCUUUUGCAUUUUAAUGUGCUUUUAUAUUUGUUUCCAAAUAAAAAAAAAGAUAUGUUUACAUCUCA